UCUUUAAUCCCUUCCCAAAUUGGGUAUUUACAUCCUCCCUCUCAGAUCUGCGGGUUGUCAGGACACCAACGAGGGGGAUGUGGCCAGUUUAUAAAUACUCUCUCCACUUAAAGCAAUCCAUCAGAUUGACACGAGAAGAUACCCAGUAAACAGCUCGAUCAAUGUGUCCCGACAAAACCAACAAUUUCGCCAACCUGAAGAUGAUUGCGCAUCUACUUGACACCGAGCCCAAGAAAAUCAAACGCAAGCCCUACCAUUACAAUAAAGCUUGUUGGGUUUGCGGUGGCGCCGCAGUGGAUCACUUGCACUAUGGAGCCAUCUCCUGUUUCUGUUGUCGGCAAUUCUUCCGACGGGCCGUGGAAAAGAACUAUUACCGCCAAUACAAAUGCAAAGGCCAGACCCAUGGUAUUUGCUCCAUCAACGUGAGCUCAAGAAAGGCCUGUCAACGAUGCCGGUUCGACAAAUGCACGAAGGUGGGAAUGAAAAUCAGUGCCCUUCAAUGGGGCGAGAAGUCCAACGAAACGGGUGGAUCCUUCGACGACGACAAAGACGUGGUGUCCUGCCGAAGUGGAAACGAGUCUCCGAUCGAGAAGAGGACCGAACCCAUGGCUCAAUCGUUCUAUCCAACUUUUGCUAGUUUCAGGCAGGAGACCGAGAUCAAUCCGUACGACUCUCCUGGUUCAAUGAGUCCGCAGGCCGAUGAAUUACUUCAGGAUGUUCAUGAAAUUCUUCAGGAGGAAAAUCCCAUGGCCCCAAAAUGGUCUAAUGGUCGUUAUUCUGGAAUGAACCACAUUCAACCGUACUACGAGCCAGCCAUUCCACUGGAAAUGGUGUGGCCCAAUUGCGACCCCACAAUGAUCCCAUACCAGGGAUAUCAAGAUCGGAGUGUGAGCUCCUUUUUCAGCUACCCCAAUUUCGAGUAUCCUUCCAUGCAGAUCUAAUUAAUAUUCUACCUAUGGAUCCUUCUUCUCUGUGGAUUAAUGUCCUCUCUUACGGCAAGGGCUGUCCGACUGGCUCCGUUUGCCAGUGAGAGAAUGUUCCCCUCUCUCAAUUUCGUCUUACUGGAGACGCCCUCCGACUUGAACUUACCGCACAAAGUAGUCGACGCCCCAAGUUUUUGAGUCCCACCCCGUCAAUCACUCAACAACACGUGGAGCCACGAGUGGCGCCAAAGACCUCUUCUUUUUGUACUUGCUCACUGUCUCAUGCCAGGUGGCCAGAGCGGGAAAUUUGAAAACGGAUCGUUUUAAAUCUCAAUAAAUCAACCCCAACUUUAGCCUUCCUGAGAGCCCUCCCCAGCGAAUAAAAGAUAUUGAAUUGACAGUGCAAUUCCAUCCUAAGAAUGAGUUGCCCCUUCAACGGUACCUGAUCAUGAAAUUGAGUUAAGAAGAAGGCCACCCUUGUUGUUGAAAUUCAGAAUUGAUCAACCUUUUCCUAAACAAAGCAGUCCUUGCCUCAAGAGAGAAUCUUCGUAUAUGAUUUCAUACAUUGUUUUCAUAACGAUCAAUAAUGAAAGCUUUAACGUUGUUCAGUUCAAUUUUGAUUGGAAUUGACGUGUUUCUCGGGGCUCAUCGAGCAAUUAAAAUUUUGCCCUGCCUUUGACAUGUUUUUGCUCUCUUCAAAUCGCCAAGGAUCCCCCUUCAACAUUUGGGACUUUAUGGGCUUGAACUCGUCCUUGUCUUGAGCUCUAGUCAGGUGUACAAUCCAGUUCGACGCGUACCUUCUAUAUGCACAAAUAUACAGUAUACGUUAC